AUGCCCACCGACUCGAGCCGCAUCUACGUCUCGGAUCACAGUGCAGCACCUAUCCGAACCCACAGCUGGCGCACCGUUGCCAACUCGGCAGCCUACCUCGUACCCUAUCUCAAACCCAAUCUUCGCAUCCUCGACGUCGGAUGCGGACCCGGGACCAUAACAGUCGACUUUGCCCGUCAUGUUCCGCAGGGACAUGUCAUCGGUCUCGAAUAUUUUCCCGAUCCUUUAGAUGGCGCGCGUGCGCUCGCCGUGCAGGAGGGGGUGAAGAACGUCGAGUUCACGACAGGGGACGUGCACGCACUGCAAUACCCAGACGAUUCGUUCGACAUCGUUCAUGCUCAUCAGGUCCUCCAGCACAUCCGCGAUCCCGUGCAGGCACUGCGCGAGAUGAAGAGAGUGACGAGACCUGGAGGGCUGGUCGCCGUUCGUGAGUCGGCCCGGUUCUUCUGGUACCCGCUUGUGCCCGCCUUCGGCGAGUGGAAGAAUCUGUACGAUCGUAUCGCGAAGGCGAGGGGCGGGAAUCCGGACCCUGGAAAUCAGGUUCACGUCUGGGCCAGGGAGGCAGGCUUCGACCGAAGCAGCAUCAAAUGCUCAGUGGGAGCCUGGUGCUUUAGCACGCCGGAGGAGAGGGACUGGUUCGGAAAUAUGUGGGCGGACAGGACCGUUGGCACGACUUAUGCGGACAUCGCAGUUGGGGACGGGUAUUGCACGCAGGAAGAGUUGGAGCGAUUUGCAGCGGCAUUCAGAGAAUGGAUCCAGAACGAGGAUGGAUGGUUCAGUAUUGUGCACGGGGAAAUAGUAUGCAAGAAGGAAUAG